UAUGGUAAGGAAACAGAGAAAGGAAAAGGAGAAAAUGAAAGUUUUUUUCUCUGUCUCUUAUUUCAUAGUCCUGUGUAAACUUCUGCUUUUCCAUUGCAAAUGCGGGUGACUUCAUGUUUAUAAAGAACAAAACAACAGGGUACUUGUUUCUAUUCUGAAGAGCAAUCAACAUUAUGGAAAACAUUAAUCAGCUCACUCAAAAUGCUGAAAUAAGUAAUGCCAUGCAGAUUCAGCCUGUAUUUUUACAAAAUGCUUAAAAGUGAUGUUCAAAUGUUAUUUGUUCUUCAAAGCCUCUCCUGAAAUUAUUUUUUCUUCCUGGAAAUUUUCAGUACAUUUUGCUUGUUCUUAUCACUUUUAUGAUAGUCUGUCUUAUCAUAUGGCAAGUUCUUUAAUUGGUUCUCUCUGCACUGAGAAAGGAACAAUGAUUUUAUUCAUAUUUAUAUCUGUAGUGCUUAGAACAUAAAAAAAUAUAAGAAUUUUUAGGGACCUUAAACAUAAUCUAUUCUAGUUUUCAGGAGCUCAGAGUACUUGAGGUUGAUGCCUAAAUAUGUAGCUGAAACAUGUUUUAUAUAAUAUGCAUCCUCAAUAAUUAUAAAGCACCUAUAAUGAGAAACACCUAAGUUUGUUAUGUAUGUGACUAAGAUUACUUACAAUUUGAUCCUCUAAGUUUAUCCCCCACACGGAAAAAACAGAAAAUUUAGGAAACUUUCUUUACUUUCUAUCUGCAUAGAUAACUCUGACUAAAGAGCAACUAUGUACCAAAGGUAGCGCUUGCCUCCUUCUCAAUACAAAACAGGACUCCAUGGAAAACCAAGCUACUUUCAAUCAGGCUUGGCAACCUCACAGGAAUGGUGAUCUCUCUUAAAUUUUCCCUUCCUGGGAAAGCACAGACAAGGCAGUUUCAAUGACUUGCCAUGAGCUAAAUGCGCACUAUAUCACUGAUGAAAAUAUUUCUGAUUCCAAUCCCCACAGAGCAACAAUAAAGUAAUGAAAGGGAAGUAUUUAUUGACUACCCACUAUUUAUUGAACUAGUCUCUUUCAUAUACAUGCUUUCAAUUAAUUCUUACAAUAGCCUUGGGAGACAAGAAUUACCCUUCUCCCAUAAAAAUGAGAAAAUGGGCUUUAGAGUAUUUAAGAUUUUACCACCAGAACAUGCCAGACCCAGGAUUCAAGCCAACAUCUGUCUAAGUUCAAAACUCAUUUUAUUCAUACAUCACCCAACUUCAUACGUGCUCAUGAGGGUAAAAUUCCAGAUGAUAUAUGGGGAAAUUCAUUAGUAGCUCUGAGAACUGGGAAUUCCAGACUUCGAUAGUUAAAAGUACAUUACCAAUAAGUUUACCAAUCUCUUAGGUGAUUUAAAAAAAAAAAAAAACCUUGUGUUAAGCCCUGGGCAAAGAACCAGGGGAAUCAGAUGGAGAAAAGGAAAGUGAUUUGUCCCUUCUGUAGGGUGAUGAACUUUAAGUGUGAUUAACGAAGCAGAAAACACCAGGGACCAGACAGCAUUCCCCCAGAGGCCAGAAGAUGUAAUUGUGGUUAACUAAACUAUUUACAUAUCUGGAUUAAAGUAACAGAAAAUAAAAACUACCCAGUCUCAUGAUACUUUUUCAAGCAUGCUUUAGUUCAACCUUUCUAUAACAGAUGUAAUGGAACCCAGAAACAAGUAUAAAAAUAUUCAUUUUUCCAAGGAUGUACAAAAGAGGCAUCUCCUCAGGGCUCUUAUACUUCCAAGUGCAUAUCUGUAAUUUCAAUUACCACAUCAUUUUAUAAUAAUCUCUUCCUCUAAAUAUGUCUCACCCUUGAACUUUGAGAAGCUUGAGGGGCUUGAAUUGGCUCUUAUUUAUAUGUGCACCCUUAACACAUAGCCCAACGUGCUUAAUACUUGUUGUGUACAUCCUCAUAUUCUUAAUUCAGUGAUUCUUAGCUAAAGUAAGGUACAUUGCCAUUACUUAAUGUUAUUAAUAUUAGUUAAGAUAAGUUUAAUGGAUAUACUUCUACAAUGGGAUAAAUGCAAGGAUAUCCUUAUAAUUUUCCUCUUAUCUACUAACAUUUCAAUAUGCUAUAGAAAGCAGUGAAAGUACUAGGAAUUGGGAAUGAUUCCAGGUACAUAGAAUUCCAAUGGCCAGAGGCUGUCUCCUCUGCCAUUUUCCUAUUGUUAGCAGAGAUUUAUGUUUUAGGUUUAAAUAGGUAAAACUUGGUUCUGUCUGGUACAGAAAUCCUUGAGUAUUCUUGGUACUUAGCAAUCCUCCUGCCCAUAAUUAGAUAAAACCAAAGAUUCUCUUACUCUGUGAAUCCUAAGACACCUGUGGUGCUAUGAAUGAGAUGUAUAACAACAUUAAAUUUAUGUUUAAAGUACUUAUUAAGAAUCUAUAGUUACUUUAUAUGGUUCUAGAUGCUGAAGAGAAUCAGCUGAGAAUACAUACAAUUCACAUCUUUCCCUCAAGGGUACAAAAUCUAGUGCAUAUUUCAAAAUGAAGUAAAUGCUCUUAUGUGAGCUCUGAAAAAGAAACAAAUACUUGUAUCAGGAGGUACCAAGGAUGCUUCCCAAAAAAGUAGAUUUUACAGAAUCUUCAGAAUUACAAUGAAAUAUGUGUAAAUAAAAAUGGAAAACAAACUAUCAUGAGCAAGGAAUACAGGCAAGGGAGGACACAACAUGUUUGCAUAAUAGUAGCACAUCCCAAAAAGGUCUAUAAAUGAGCUGGGAAACAUAGUUUGAGUCCCAAAAUGAAAGGCCUUGAAAAUAAUACUGAAGAGUUUUAACUUUAUGCUGUAGUCAUGAGUAAAAUUUUUGAGGAGAGGCUCAGUAUGCCCAAGUUUAUAUUUCAUAAGACUAGUCUGCCAUCAGGGGAAAGAUAGACUGAAGAUAUGUGAAGGUGGUGACAGAAAAGACAGCUAUAAUGUGAUUUCAGUAGAGGUUAGGCAAUGUGGUGAUAAGGAAGAAGAAUUCUGAAGAAAGACUCUCCCUGCAGGAGGGAGGACUCGGAGAUAAGCAUUGGAGGAUGGAUAGAUUCCAUCUUGGAAUAGAUAAAAGGAAAGUAAAAGGGAAGAACUUUUUCCAGCCUUUCGUAGCAGAAUAAAAACUGAAAGACAAGAGCCAGCAUAAUGAGGAUGUAAGAAGGUGGAGCUGAUUGGUUCCAUGUAGAAACAGAUUUGGAGAGAGUGUGGCUCUACAUUACAGAGAGAUUAAAACUAAAAGGAAGAGUGUAGGCGUAAUUAGAAUGAUAAUGAAUAGGUAUUGAAGAUUAGGUAAGUUGUAUAUAAAUGUGGUGUAUUCAGAUAGUUUAUUGGCAACUGAAAGAAAGAUUUCUUCAGGAGAAUGUGAAGGCAAGGAAGCCAAAUGGAGAACAAAAUGGAGUUGCAAGAUAUUCUAAGAGUGAGAGCUAAGAAUCUGAGUAGCAACUUCAUCAUGGGAGUGAAGAUGAAUGGAUGGUUGAAUCUGAGAAGUGUUAAGAACUUCUUUUUGGCUAUAAUGUUAGUAUUACUUUAGAUACUUAGAUGUACACUUUGCCUGAUUUUAGAUAAAAACUUCUUCAUGUUUUGGAGAAACAGGAAGGGGGAAGGAUGAUGAAUUCAAAACUCAGAACCUGAAAGCACAUGGCAAUUAUUUCCUGUGGCUUUACUGAUUUUCAGGGAUUUCUCUUGGCACUGUCUCCUCCUCUCUCAGAUUGUACCCUGAUUAUGUACCCUCCAUGGAGUCAGUCAGUGAGAUGGUGGUGAGAGAGUUUGUCUUCCUGGGCUUCUCAUCUCUGGCCGGGCUGCAGCAGCUGCUCUUUGUUAUCUUCCUGCUCCUCUACCUCUUCACUCUGGGCACCAAUGCCAUCAUCAUUUCCACCAUUGUGCUGGACAGGGCCCUUCACACUCCCAUGUACUUCUUCCUCACUGUCCUCUCUUGCUCUGAGACCUGCUACACUUUCGUCAUUGUACCCAAGAUGCUGGUUGACCUGCUGGCCCAGAAGAAGACCAUCUCCUUCUUGGGAUGUGCCGUCCAGAUGUUUACUUUCCUCUUCCUUGGCUGCUCUCACUCCUUCCUGCUGGCAGCCAUGGGUUAUGAUCGCUACGUGGCCAUCUGUAACCCACUGCGCUACACAGUGCUCAUGGGACAUGGGGUGUGUGUGGGACUAGUGGCUGCUGCCUGUGCUUGUGGCUUCACUGUUGCCCAAAUUAUCACAUCCCUGGUAUUUCAUCUGCCCUUCCAUUCCUCCAACCAACUACAUCACUUCUUCUGUGACAUAUCUCCUGUCCUCAAGGUGGCAUCCUGCCAUACCCACUUGAGUCAGAUUGUCAUCUUCAUGCUCUGUGCAUUGGUCUUGGUUAUUCCCUUGUCAUUGAUCUUGGUAUCCUAUAUUCACGUCAUCUCUGCCAUACUUCAAUUUCCUUCUACAUUGGGCAGGUACAAAGCCUUCUCCACCUGUGCUUCUCACCUCAUGGUUGUCACUGUGCACUAUGGCUGUGCCUCUUUUAUCUACUUAAGACCUCAAUCCAACUACUCCUCAAGCCAGGAUGCUCUGAUAUCAAUGUCCUACAGUAUCCUAACUCCAUUGUUCAACCCAAUGAUUUACAGCUUGAGAAAUAAAGAGUUCAAAUCAGCACUUCAUAGAGUUGUGGGGAGAAUGAUUUCUCUGCCACAGCAUUAAUCUGGAUCCCGCUUUUUCCAAACAGUAAAGCAAAAGGUGAAUAAGGCAAAAUUUCCAGAGCAGAAAUGAUCAGGCAACUAGGAACAGUGUUCAGGAAAAUAGAUCGUUUCUCCUUCUUCACCAAAUGUAAAAUGUAAAAACCACAGCUUCUUGCCAUGAUCACAUGAAUUAUUGCCCACUGAAAUUAUACUCAGUUAAAGGAAAAACAAUGGAUGGCUAUUAUAGAAAAACAUUCAGGUGUUCAGAAUUCUAGGUUCUGGCAAAUACCAUCACCCAAUCUCACCCAGACUAGAAACUAACCCUGCAAAAUAGAGCACAAUCCUGAAGCUCACUUCUAGGGCUGUAGGCAGCUCCUGUCCCUAGAUUCCCCUUCUUCUGGUUUUUUUUCUGAAUCUCAGACUUUUAAUAGUCAGGUCACAAUUUUUAAAUGCAAUAAUGUUUUCAAGAUGCCUGUCACAAUGUUUGAUGCGUAAGAGAUAUCCAGUUAAUGGUCAAGUAAGAAAAUAUAAAAAUUAUUUAUGUGUUUCUAAUGUAUUAAUGGAGCCCUGGUGGCACAGUGGUUAAGAACUCAUCUGCUAACUGAAAGGUUGGCAGUUC